AUGACCUCAUAUCCUCGAGUCCAAUCCUCGGUGCGCUCUGCGUUGACUGAUUUCCUCGCUUCAAAUAAUAUCUCCGCCGCCCAGAUUCGUGAUGACUACGGCCGACGAGUGGCAGAUGCAGCACGCGAGGCUGCACAGGAAGAGGAAGAUGCCGAUCUUGAUAUGGAAGAGCCGGAAUAUGAGCCAACCCCAGAACCAGACUCACCAGAAGACAAGGCAAAGAAGCGCAAACGGCAACAAGCCAUUGAGAAGAUCAAGAAGACCAAGGAAUUCGCCCGCCGCAAGGCUCGACGGACAGGAGAACCCGACGAUGACGACGACACCCUGGCCAAUGAGAUGGUGGACGAGAAACAGCGGCCGACUCCCGGCCAACUGGAAAAUUGCGAGAUUUGUGGCAAGCGGUUCACCGUCACGCCUUAUAGCAAGACGGGUCCCAGUGGAGGCCUCCUCUGCGCAGAAUGUUCCAAGAACCAUGUCGGAGGGGAUAAGAAGGCUCCGCCUAAGAAACGCAGCUCUGGCAUUGGGCGACGUCAGAACCAAAGCGCUCUGCUGGAUGGACUUGCUUCUCAGGGUGCACAGAGUCUAUUGGAGACCUGCAUUAAGAAAGUUGCGGAAAACAUCUCCGAUGUGGAAGAGUUUGGCGACCUUCCGCCACCAGUCAUGCAUCGUCUCAGCCAAAUUCUAGCCCGAAGACGGGCGAUCACUUCGACGACUUUGGAUCUUUUCCUACGCCCGCAGAAUAAGGAGAUUAACAUCUAUGACUGUGCUAAGCUUGGUACCGACGACUAUCACAAGAUCCUUGCCACAAUGCCAAACCUAACCCGGCUCAACUUGCGAUUUGUCACCCCAAUGAAAGAUCGAAUUUUCCAGUACAUGAUGGAUCGGAACAUGGAUAUCCAAGACCUGCACCUAGAUUCACCAAACUUGGUCACGGAUGAAGUUUGGCGCCAGCUUUUCACUCGACUUGGUCCGCGCCUUCGGAGUCUGAAACUGUGGAAUCUCGACUCCGCGUUUGAUGACGAGACCGUCGAGGUCAUGGCCAAAAACUGCACUCAACUCCAGCGUCUAAAGUUGAAGCAUCUCAACAAGAUUGGCGACAAAGCGCUCGAGACAAUCUCAACCAUGAAGACCCUACAGCAUCUGUCACUGCAGAUCAGCCAGGAAACCACUCCCGAGCCUCUUCUCCAGAUUCUUACCGAGCUCGGCUCCAAUCUACGAUCCCUUUCCCUGGAAGAAUUCUAUUUCGUAGACGACAGGCUGCUUGAGCUUAUCCGGGAGAAGUGCCGACAUUUGACCAAGCUUCGACUUGCCAUAAACGCAGAGCUCACAGACAAGGCUAUCGCCAAUCUCUUCCGUGGCUGGUCCAAUCCUGCCUUGACAUUCGCAGACUUCCAUCGUGUGCGCGAUGUGGACAUGGCAAACCCCGGUGGCCCACCUGAGCCCGUCGGCCUCGCUUCCGACGGCUUCGUUGCAUUGAUGGAGCACUCGGGCGCCAGACUUCAAAGUCUGAAUGUUGCCUCGUGUCGCCACGUUUCAUAUGCUGCAUACGAAGAAGCCUUUGGCGAACACAAGCGAUACCCGGAGCUCAAGUACAUGGAUAUUGCAUUCAACGGGGUUGUGGAUGACUACUUGGCACAGUGUAUCUUCCGAUGCUGUCCAGCCUUGACAAGACUCGUUGUCUUUGGCUGCUUCAAGAUCCGUGACAUUAAAAUUCCUCGGGGUGUCGCGGUGAUUGGUACAGUAGGUGCCAAGCUAACAAUUGAUGGUAUCACACAGAAGGAGCUGGUCUAG